AAGUUUCAAAAAUAACGAGCAUGCCUUCAAAAAUAACGAGCAUGCCUUCCAGGAGCAAUCUUGGAAUUUCAGGUAUUAAUGGCCCCAUAGAACAUUGAGGAUUGAGCUGAGCCAAGAUUCUGCGUUGUGUUUCUUUCAAGCAACGCACUUGUUUGUUCUUCCAUCACACUUUAUUGCAAAGGCAGUAGUGAACUCCAAGACAGUUGUAACUUGCAUUUCUUGCAAACGCUAUAUAUAAUGGUAAUAUUAAUAUUAAAAUUGAUUCCCAUAUAAAUACUGAAGAAGAUUGUACAUUAUUCAUUUGGAACAAGAAGAGAAGGAAAAUGUUAACUAAGUGGAGAUUUGAGAUGACUUCCGUUGCUUCCCAUUGUUUUAUGAUCUUCUUUGUUGUGUUAACAAGCAUAAAAGUUUGCGUCGCAGACUGUGAUAAUUUGCAGGACACUUGCCCAGCAGCUUCACUUGCAGAACAGACCAUCUUCAUCAAUGGCCUUUCCUGCAAGAACCCAGCAGAAAUAGCUCCUCAUGAUUUCAAGAACAUGGAUUUCGGCAAGGCCGGUUCUACAAGCAACAUUGUUCGUUCCUCCAUGAAAAUCAUCACUGCGUCAGAAUUUCCUGGUCUGAACACUCUUGGCCUCUCAAUUGGUAGAACCGACAUUGGUGUCGACGGCGUGGUGCAACCCCAUCACCAUCCAAGAGCGACUGAGAUGAUCUUUGUGGUCGAAGGGAUGUUGGUCGUCGGAUUUCUUGACACACACAGCAAACUUUUCCAGAAGUUGCUCAACGUCGGUGACGUAUUCGUUUUCCCCAAGGGUUUGUUUCAUUUCUGUGUGAAUCGUGGUCGUGGGGAUGCCAUACUCUUGUCUGUGUUCAAUAGUCAAAGUCCAGGGAUGGGAUCUGUCGCUUCCCCACCUUUGGAUACAGCCAUAGAUUCAUUGCACGAACUGAUCCCACUUUCUGCUUCACAGAUUCAUGAUUUUGACAAUUUUACUUGGACGGGAUCCGACAGCAUUUUCAGUUAUUAGCUAUUUCACAUGACCUCCUAAAAUAUAUAGUCAAACUGGAAUGUGUCAGUUUCGUUCUUCUUAUUGAAACAUGCUACAUAUGUUAUGUCGGUGAUUGCAUGAGUUCAACUAGUAUCUUCAAACUGGAAUUUAGCAUACCGUUUAGCCUCGAGCAUAUUUGAAGGAUCCAGAACCGUGUAAGGGUUGCAAUAUCAUGUGGGAUAUCAAUUGACCAAAAUUUGCAUUAAAUCCAUUCAAUUCGCCUGUAAACUCACUCUUACCAUUGAUGAAUGUGACAAAUGUAAUCCAACUUUUAACAA